AUGAACUCUGUUUGUCUGGAACGUGUGAGGACCCGGGACGCCGCCCUGAGGAGCUCCGCAACCAAAAACCGACCCCGGCUGGUGUCGGUCGGUCUGGACGCCAAGAACACGCUGUGUGUUUGGGACUGGAGGAGAGGUCGAGUCCUCGCCACGGCGACUGGACACUCGGACAGAAUCUUUGACGUGGCGUGGGAUCCGUUUCAGUCGAGCCGUCUGGUCAGCUGUGGAGUCAAACACAUCAAGUUCUGGACCCUAUGUGGGAACGCUUUGACGCCGAAGCGGGGGAUCUUUGGGAAGACAGGCGACCUGCAGACCAUCCUGUGUGUCUCUGCGGCCAAAGACGAGCUGACAUACUCUGGCGCUCUGAACGGAGACAUUUACGUGUGGAGAGGAAUCACGCUCAUCAGGACCGUGCAGGCCGCUCACGGGGCGGGGAUCUUCAGCAUGCACGCCUGCGAGGAGGGCUUCGCCACGGGAGGACGAGACGGCUGCAUCAGGCUGUGGGAUGUCGACUUCAAACCCAUCACCAAGAUCGACCUGAGGGAGGCCGAGCAGGGAUACAAAGGUCCGAACCACAAACAGAGGUCCUUGAACACCCUCCACCAGCCAUCCGGGUCCCUGAACACCCCCCACCAUCCAUCCAGGUCCCUGAACACCCCCACCAUCCAUCCGGGUCCCUGAACACCCCCCACCAGCCAUCCG